AUGGCUAUUGCUGUUAAUAUUAAUUAUCGUCUUUUAGAAAGCGUUAGUGGAGAAUCAAAACAAAUGCUACUACCAAUAUCUGGCUAUCAGAAUGUAACUGUUACAUCACUUGACGAUGCUUGUCAACCAAUAAAAGAUUUAUUCGAUGAGAAAUUAAAGGACUAUAUUGUCAUGGCCAAAAUGAAGUCAACACAGCCCAAAGAUGGACUCAGUCCUGAUGAGUCGGCUUCGAUUUAUCUAUAUACUACAGAAUGGAAUAUACAUGAGAAUAGUCUAUACAUUGUGUUGAAUAGAACUCUUCUACUAGCAGAUUGCACAAAACUUCGACCGUGGUUCAAGUUUUUAAAGUUGUUUCUCACAGCUUUCUUCAAACUACCACCAAGCGAACAUACGCUUGUGUGGUGUGGCGUUCGCGAAGACCUCAGUGGUCUCUAUCCAAAAGACAAGGAAUUUGCUUGGUGGGCAUUCAAGUCGUGUACCGCCUCGAUGAGCAUUCUUGAAACUUCAAAUUAUUUGGGUAAAACAGGCACAGGUACAAUAUUUUCUAUUCAAACUAGCAAUGGAAAAGAUAUACGUGCACAUUCAUAUUUUGACAAUGAAAAUGAAAUUCUUCUUCCACUCGGUAUUUAUCUCAAAGUAGUUGAUAACGUAAGUCGACCUGAUGGUCGCCACAUAAUCUAUCUCCAAGAAAUUCCACCGCCAUUUAAAAUGCUUGAUGAUCCAUUUGAUCGUAGCCAAUUAAAAACAAUGCUGUCGCAAUCCGAAUCAUUAUUAAAUGUAUUCGAAGCUCUACCAGAGCAAGAAAACGAUAUACCGACAAAACCCAACUUCUCCAAAUCAAAAAAUAAACCACCAUACUCUGACAAGAAACUUAAUUGUGACGGACGUGCUUGCAUCAAAUGUGGUCAUUGCCGUGAUUGGUACUGGCGUCCUGAUGGUAAUGACAAGAACUAUACAAAGCGUGAUGAUGCAACUUGUACUUGUGAUGGUUAUGAUCGUGGUUUUCGUUUUCCUUCUCGUCAUUGCUGUUUUGGUUUGAAUGAUAAUCAUCGUCGUAAUUAUCAUCACUUUAUUUAUUCUAUUACUUAUUUUGAUGGGAUUGAUGUUAUUGAUAAUCGUCUAUGUCAAUGUGAUGAUAAUUGCUCUUAA